CUUUUCCAAAGUAGUAGUGAAGCUAUUAAUUAUGUGGUUCGAUAUACCUGAAGCUCGCCAUAUACGUCGGGCAUGUGUACAUUCAAAGAAAACAUGUAGUUUUGUUUCUUCAGCUUGACAAUAUCUUCGACAUUGGGUAGCAUGUGUAAUAUGUCGUCUGUGAAGAUUAUUCUUCGUAGCCAAACUCUUAGAUAACAUACGCCACAUGAAAUGUUUUAUUUUUGGGGAAAUAUAUAUUUGUCUUCCAAAUCCUCUGUUUCAACAUAAUAUUUCCAUAAAUAGGCGUGAUUUCUUCAUUUGUACUGAGAUGAUUACUUUGACCAGUAACAAGAUUUAACAAACCAUCUUAAUUAUAGUGUAAUCCUAAGAGGUCCAGGUUGGAAAAUGAGCAUAAUUUGAUGUUUAAAAUUGACAUCUUCCUCUACGACCAUUUCUAUAAUUUUCUGUUCAUCCCAUGAUUUCCAUCCAAAGAGAACAACUAAUUCACUUUGCCCAACUUAUCUCCUUGUAAUAUUGGUCUUGGUGGACGUGGUGGAUGAUAUGAGAUCCACGGAUCCGUCCAAAUAUAAUUAGGUUUCCAUCGUCUACUAUAAAAACGCAUUCCCUUACAUACUAAAUCUCUCCUAUAUAGAAUUGAUUUCCAAGCAUAUGAAGAUUUUUUUUUUUGCACUGAAGAUAUUCUCAUCAAGGAAUGCUUCUCUUUAAUUAAUCUGGCCAUUAAACAAUUAGGAUGUUGUAAGGUUUUUCAUACUUGUCUUCCAAGUAACGCUUGAUUAAAUCGUUAUAAAUCCCUAAAUUCUAGGCCAAUUUUGGUAGUGUUCCAUUAAUCUCUUCACACACUUAAUCUGAAAAUGUUCAUAGAGUACAUUGAUAUUGUCAAUGCCACUGCUUUUAACAACACUUCCUUACUACCUUGCCAAAAAAAUAUCUGAUUUCAUCCUUGUGUAGCCUUAACCUUAUCUAUGAUAUAGGUAAACCAAUCAUUUUAUUUUCUAAUAAACACAUCGAGUUUUUUUUACUGUAAUUAUUUUUUUUUCUUUUGCAAAUAUAGUUGAAGGUGCAUAAUCUGCAUGGCUGUAUUAAACCCCAAAUAUAGACCUUACAAAAAGAAGAAAUUAUUGGGAAUUAGCAAUUCAGAAAAUAAAAAAUAAAAACGAAAACGAAAAAAUCUCUUAAAAUUAGAAUUUGGAACACACACAAUGAGCUUUUUGUGUUUCUCUUUGUUCAGUUUUCAUCUCUCUCUUACGAAAAUCUUAAGGAAAGAACUUCCAGAUAACUAAAAGAAAUAUUUAAAAAGGAACAUCCAAAGAGAUUAUGGCGGAUGAGGGGCAAUCCUCGCAGAAUUCACCGCCGUCACCUCCCUCCUCCGACAACAACAACAAUCAACAGCAAUCUCCUCCUUCUCCUGACUCCUCCUCCCCUCCUUCACCACCUUCUUCAGACUCACAAUCUCCACCAUCACAACAACAAGGAAACAAUAACAACAACAACAACAACAAUAACAAUGGUGGAAACAAUGAUAACAACAACAACAAUGGUAAUAACAACAAUGACAACAACAACAACAACAACAAUGGUGGAAACAAUGACAACAACAACAGCAAUGGUAAUAACAACAAUGAUGGCAAUAAUGGUAACAAAAACAAUGGCAAUAACAACAACAAUGGUAAUAACAACAAGGGGAAUAACAAUGACAACAACAACAACAAUGGGAAUAAUAAUAACAACAAAAACAAUAACGGAGGAAGCAAAAACCGUUCGCCUCCGCCUCCUUCUAAAAAUUCCGGCCGUAACUCUCCUCCGAAAUCUCUGUCUCCUCCUAAAUCAAGCCGUGGUGGCUCUAAAUCCUCACGUAGCGACACACCCAACAUGGGUGCUAUUAUAGGAAUUGCAGCUUCUGCUGGAUUGUUGCUUCUUGUCAUGAUCUUGUUCUGCGUCUGUUGUUGUCGUAAGAAGAAGAAAAAGAAGAAUCAAAUGCCUUACUAUGCAAGCAACGGUUUCAACGGUGCGAGUGGUCAAUACCAACAUCAGCAACAACAAUACAAUAACCAAAGCGAUCAUGUAAUGAACGUAGGGAACAACAACUGGAUGAAUUCACCUCCUCCACCACCUCCUGGAACCUGGCAACCGACGCAACCAAUGCCCGUCUCAGGCGGUCUUAACAGCAGCGACAUGAGCUCAAACUACUCAGGCCCACACGGUCCAGCUCUACCACCACCACACCCUUCAGUGGCUCUAGGUUUCAACCAGAGCACAUUCACCUACGACGAGCUAGCCGCAGCAACGCAAGGCUUCUCUCAAGCGAGACUGUUAGGGCAAGGCGGGUUCGGGUACGUUCACAAGGGGAUACUUCCCAAUGGUAAAGAGAUCGCUGUGAAGAGUCUUAAAGCAGGAAGCGGACAAGGAGAGCGAGAGUUUCAGGCUGAGGUGGAUAUCAUUAGCCGAGUUCACCACCGGUUUCUUGUGUCUCUUGUUGGUUAUUGUAUUGCAGGAGGGCAGAGGAUGUUGGUUUAUGAGUUUUUGCCUAAUGAUACACUUGAGUUUCAUCUCCAUGGUAAAAGUGGUGUUAUCCUUGAUUGGACUACAAGGCUCAGGAUUGCUUUGGGAUCAGCUAAAGGGCUUUCUUACUUACAUGAAGAUUGUCAUCCGAAGAUCAUUCAUCGAGACAUUAAAGCUUCAAAUAUUCUUCUUGAUGAAUCCUUUGAAGCCAAGGUUGCUGACUUCGGAUUAGCGAAGCUAUCUCAGGACAACGUUACACAUGUGUCCACUCGUAUCAUGGGAACUUUCGGGUACUUGGCUCCAGAGUAUGCGUCAAGCGGGAAACUAACAGAUAGAUCAGAUGUUUUCUCCUUUGGAGUGAUGCUUCUAGAGCUCAUUACCGGACGCCGACCUGUUGAUCUCACUGGUGAAAUGGAAGACAGCUUGGUCGAUUGGGCAAGACCCUUAUGCAUAAACGCAGCUCAAGACGGAGACUACAGUGAGCUAGCUGAUCCACGGCUCGAGAACCAAUACGAGCCUAAUGAGAUGGCACGAAUGGUGGCUUGUGCUGCUGCAGCCGUCAGACACUCAGCUAGACGCAGGCCUAAGAUGAGCCAGAUUGUUCGGGCUCUAGAGGGAGAUGCAUCACUAGACGAUCUAAACGAAGGAGGGAAACCUGGACAAAAUCUCGCGAGGGGAUCAAGCUCGGACUAUGACUCGAGCACUUACAGUGCGGACAUGAAGAAGUUCAGGAAAACAGCGUUGGACAGCCAAGAGUACGGUGCGAGUAGUGAGUAUGGAAACACGAACGAGUACGAGCAGCGACGUAAUUAGUAGAGGAGGAGUAGCAUAACAUAACAACUACUAGACAAGAGCUUUGACUUAGCUUUUUAGAUUCAAACAGCCAACCAACCUUUCUCUGUUUAUGUUUUGUUUCCUUAUGAAACUCUUUUAUUUUC